CGUCCGAUGUCACGUGAUCAAGUGGGAGCAUUGUCAACAUGGCGUUUCACAGAAGUCGGCUGUUUUCUUUACGGACCCUAUCGUUAGGCAUCUUGUUUUACUGUACGUAUUGCCAUUUCCAAUUUGUUCUCGCAAAUGAUGUCGAUAGCUGUGAAAGUCUACGCCUGGGACAGUAUAUUUGUAAAGAACCAAGGAUAGACGAUGCCACUCAAGAACCUGAGAAUUGCAAGGACAUGAUUGCUUGGGUGGAAUGCCUACCUGCUCCAAACGUCAGCUGCCGCUUGUCCAAUGGGACGGAGUUUCGAUUCAGUGGAGAGGAGGUGGGCUUUAACAAAAGCCUCCCUUGCAGGAAUGUAAGCGGUUACUCCUACAAAGUAGCGGUGGCCCUGUCGCUCUUCCUGGGAUGGUUAGGAGCAGAUCGCUUCUACCUGGGAUACCCAGCUUUAGGGCUGCUCAAGUUCUGUACAGUUGGCUUCUGUGGGAUUGGGAGCUUGGUGGAUUUCAUGUUGAUCUCAAUGCAGAUUGUGGGUCCGUCAGAUAAGUCUGACUACAUAGUGGACUACUACGGUGCCAGACUCACACGCCUCUCCAUCACCAAUGAGACGUACAGAAGAACCCAGAUGUCUCCCUGAAGGACUGAAGUGAAAAACAACAAAAAUAUAUGGGGGAUUGGAA